CGAUUUGUCCAAAGUCGACUUAGAUACCCCUACAUUAUUUCCUGCGAAAACCAAAACAGGCAGUAGAUCGGCUCUAGGGUCUAUUAUUUAUUUAUUAAAAUAAUAUUCAUAAUGUUAACGUAGUGUCUCAUUACAAAGAUUAAAAAGGUUUUAUGCAUCCAUUGUUUAUUCCUGGCCGUAUAUUGUAACAGUAUGAACCCCAGAACAUAUAUUGCAAGAGCAAUAUAUGCCAAAUUCCAUAACGAUUACUAUUUAGAUAAAUAUGAUACAAAAUUGUGGUAUACCGUCAAUGCCGACGAACAGUUUGCCUACCGUAGUACAUAUGUUCCAUUUGAAGAGCCUGAUAACGUGACAAUGGAAUGGCUGGAGCAAGCAAAAAAUAAAAACAAUGUUUGGCUUCAUAUAUGGCAUGUUUUGGCCAGACAAUUUCUACAAUUUUUCAUGACCCAAACCGAUAUCAAUGGUUUCUUGAAAAGAGGAUCAAUGUUUAUUCUUUCGGAAAAUCAAUUUGCCGUUUUACUAAAAGAAGGGGGAUUUGAUAGCCGCCGAUAUGAUAUGGUACGUUUCGUUGACAUUGGUGCCGGGGAUGGGCAAAUCUCAAUGGUCCUGCUAAAAGCCCUGCGUAUUUCCAAUCCCGAUGUUGCUAUAGAGGCGUAUGCCACCGAGGCCAGCUGGACUAUGCGGGAAAGACUUAAAAAAAUGGACUUCAAAGUCUUGGAGAAUCUCGACGAAGUAAGCAACGUCCAGUUUGUGUCAUGCUUAAAUGUUUUAGACCGCUGCAUUGAUCCCAUACAACUGUUGGAGGACAUACACAAAAUCCUUGCACCCAAUGGUCGUUGUAUUAUAGCUUUAGUUUUACCAUAUAUGCACUAUGUUGAAUCGAAUUCCUCGCAUAUGCCAAUACGUCCGUUAAUGCAACAUUGGCCAACGAAAGCCAAACAGUAUUCUUUUGAAUCGGAGGCGGCCAUAUUUUUCCGGGUAUUGGAAAAUGUUGGUUUUCAAAUUGAAUCAUGGACAAAGGCGCCAUAUUUAUGUGAGGGAGAUCUAAGACAAUCCUACUAUUGGCUAAUAGACUUAGUAGUUGUGGUUUCAAAACGGUCCUAGCUACAUUUUUAAUUUAACUCCCUUCUUUCUGCCCCUUUAAUUUAAUAUAAGUGCACACAAUCAUAUAGAGUACAUAUAUACACACAUAUACAUUUGACUAUAUAUUUAAAAAAAACUAUGCAUCAACUUAAAAUAACAUCGAUCGAUGUAUUCAAACGCAUUUAAAUGUUUACAAGCUACAAUGAAAAGAACUACAUACACAGAAGCCUUCUUUACUUUAUUUUUUUGUCUAAACUAAGUCGUCUCAAUUGCCAAAGUAUAUUUGUAAUAAACAAAAUUUAGUUGAUUCUUUAAA